AUGGCUUCCUUUCCUCUCCAACCCUUGGCCCAGCCCAAUCCUCCGAUGGCACCAAGACCACCAUCCUUGGUGCCAAGGAUAACAGUGCCCAAGAAGAGAGCAUCGACAACAAGGAGAGUAAGGACGAAUUUGGAGUGGAGAAACGACUUGAUGCGAAUCUACAAAGCCAUCUUCGAAAGCUUGGAAGAAGACAAUACGAGACUCACACUACGCAAAUACUGCCUUUCGGGUGAAAAUGGCUUUUCGUCCUCCGAGUACACAAGGAUUGCAGCGAUCUGGAAAGAGCUCAAUUUUGAGCUUCUUAUCAACGAAAAUACUGAUCCAUCUGAUCUAGCUUUGUUGCAAUCGCUUGACAAGAGAUUUCCUUUGGAAACCGUCAACAAUAUUGUGGAAGAUGAUACAGCAGAUAGUGGCCCAUCAGGUGUUGGUCGUCGCAUUCGCAAUGGCAAGAAUGUCAUGCGCUCAGCCCUAGAAUGGAGGGCUCUUUUGACAGACAUGUAUCUUUUUCUCAAAAGUGCAAAGUCAUCUUCUCACAACAACGAAUCAGUUCGAUCUUAUUGUCGAAAGGUUUUGAAUGCUGAAAAUCAAUAUCGAAGAAUAUCGGCAGUAUGGAAGGAUCUUGGUCUCGACAACGACUUGAACAAUGACGCUCCUGUAGAUGACAAUUUCAGGGGGAAAAUUGCGAAGAGAUAUCCGGCUGAGGAGGAAGGAAGUACCAACAAUUCUCAACGUCAUGGGCGAGAUCUACGACCAACAUCGAACUCCUAUUUUGAUGCUAACGAAGAGGCUGUGUGGUGCGAAUCUGUUGCUGGUUUCGCUCGAGCUGGUUACCCACUGGAAAAGACCAAUCUCAAGGCCGUGAUGGAUGCUUUUCUUGAAGCAGAUGGAAUAGGCGAUGGACAGAACAGCACUGGAGGGAUCAGCUUUGAUACCGUGGAAAGAAUCUACAAAGAAGGUCGUCUUGCUGCCAAAUCAAAUGUCAACCCAAUCGAUCCAAAGAGAGCAGCACAGGCGUCUCCGCAAGUGUUGAAUGCUUUUUAUCAUCAACUCGAGGCAACGAUUAAGAUGGCGCACGAGAUCAACCCAACAGCAUGGCCCGAAGAUAGAUACGCGAACAUUCCUCCCACACGCAUCUACAAUGCAGAUGAGCAAGGACCAAAUCCAACGGCACUUCGAAAUCCGGUUCUCAUACCAGCAGACAUGCUAGAGGGCCACGCAAGGCUGUUUCAAAACACAAGGGAAGGAGAUGGCAAGAUGCAAUUCCAUUAUAGCGUUGCUAACAUUGUCCGUGCAGAUGGAGUGCAGUGCCAUCCAGAUCAAAAAGUAGAAGGAGCCCCAGCACCGUACAUUAUUAUCUCGGACACGUCGAGUGCCAAUGAGCUCGACAAAAUGCCGAAAGCCGAUCGUGACAGACUGCUCGCCAACCAAAGCGAAAAUGACACCAUUCGAUUGAAUCCUGCCGUUCUUGAAGGUUGGUUCGACACCUUUGAGGUGGGGAAGAAAGACGAUCUGGUCAAUCCAUUUGGAUUCCAGGUUCGAACAACGCCAACUGGAUCGAUGCUAAAGCGAACGUUCUUCGACUUCAUUUUGCACUUUGUCAGUCAACUUCCCCAUGAUCAAGGUCCGAAUGGAUUGGGGUCAAUUCUGUUUCUGGACUGGCACUGCUCUCGCGAGUGCCCUCAAUCGCUCAUCACAUCAUUCUUCCAGCAUAACGUCCUCUUGUUCAUUCUUCCUUCGAAGACAAGUAUUUGGGGACAGCCGUGUGACAAUGGCAAGAAUGAGCUGACAGCAAAGGAUAUUGCUUUUGAAGCACACAAUCGUGGUCUGAUGGUUGGAACAGCGUUGGACUAUCUUGAUGCGAACAAGAUAUUUCGAGGGGGACUCGAGCAAAACUGUCAACAACAGAAUGAUGAGCUGCGACGAAGGGGCACCAAUGCAGUCGUUAGCAGUUUCAAGAAGACUGGGCUCUAUCCAAUCGACUAUGACAAUGAGGGUUGGAAGGCUGCCAUUCAGAGUUUCAAACGAUUGAAUGAGCUUCUUGCACAACAAAAAUUGGAAUCUGGUGAGCUUUUAACAGAAAACGUUUGGGUUGUUACACCUAUUCCGAUCGAUGAAAGGGAGGAGCUAACUGUCAGUGACAAGGAGGAACUCGAUGCUUUUCUUCCAAGUGCCGACUUCCUCGACUGUGCCACCGAACGAGGACAGCAGUUUCAAAUGCCUCAUCUUUUUCUUGCUGCCUCGAUUGGUGAGCAAAUGAUUGGGGAAUAUGUCCUGGAUCGCAACAGAGACGUCAAUCAGCCACCUCAAGCAACAGAAGAGUUUGAGCGAGCUGCUCUCAAGUUGAUCACCUUUGUCUUGGUAACCCCAGAGAGCCGUGUGGACACACGAUGCACCUUAUCAGAUGAUGCUAUAGCUCACCACAAGCUUCGGACAAAGCUUUGCGUUCAGAGGUUUGGGCACUCGGUGCUUUUGCGAAGGAAAGAAGAUGGUGCAGAGAUCUGCUUAACGAAACAAUCAGCAACUAAGUUUGUCGCUCUAGAAGGGCAGCGAAGAGAGAGCAGAAAUUUCACGCAGAUGACACUACAACAAGUCCUCGACAACUGCGUGGAUAAUGGAGAUGACGAUGCUUAUACCCUCACCAAGAAAGACAAACGCAAGGGACAAAAAAAGAAAAGAGUCGAACGGAAGAAACUUAAUGAAGUGAUGUAUGGACUUGCGGAAGAAAUCGGAGACGAGAGGAGGCUGAAACGAAAUCUUGAUGCCAUUACGGAUCGGUUGGCCAAGAGGCCCCGUUUUGCGUUGAAACUGGCAACACUUCUAGAGGAGGAGGAUAUGGGCAUUGAUGACUUGUACGGCAUAUUCGAAGAUGUUGUUCUCGAGCCAUUCAGUGAUAUUAUUUCAGUUACACACGGCGACACGACAAAAGAGAUUAAAGUUACACGUGUGGGAACAGAUAUCACUGCGGUGAGCCAACAGGUGCAAGAAACAUUGAUGCGAGUGGUGUUGCAAUUGAAAGCCAAAGCUGGAGAAAAGAGAAAAAGAAGACGAAAGGCUGGACAAUCGACCCACUUAGGCAAGUCUGGGCUCGUUGCAGGCAUCCUUAUUCAGCGACAAAACAAAGAAGAAGAGUUGAAGGUCCUUCAAAAAGAAGAGAAAGGCUUGUUGGAUGAUCUAGAAAGAAUGAAAGGCUUGCACACGGAUGCAAUUGCUCUAGUGGAGGCAGCAAAAGACGAUUUCUGGAAAUGGGAUGUUGUAAAAGGAUGGAAAAGGAAGACACUAGCACGGUUGAUGGGUGUCUACAAGUCAAGUGCGAAGGCCGAUGCCGUUGCACAGGAGCUAAAGCAACUUAAUCUCACCGCGGAGUCUGUAAAGGAAAAGAUCGAACAACUCAAGAGGUCGAUCGAUGAGAAAACAACAGCGGUCGCUCCUCUUGUCGCAGAGCAGAGAGAGAGAGAGGAUUUCCUUUCAGAGACAGCUCGCUUUGACACCCAACAAGAUAAUGGUAAUGAUAGAAAUGCGAGCGAUGGAGAAGAAGAUAGUGACAGAGACGAGGACGACGAGGACGACUGA